UUUUUUAACAAAACAGAAAGGAAAGGAAAAAGGAAAAAGGAAAAAGGAAAAAGGAAAAUUAAUUGAGAUCUGAACUAAGAGAGACAGAGAGAGAGAUAAGAACAAAAGUUCAGGUAAGAGAGAGAUACCUCUGAUAUUGAAAGUGAAAGCUUGGGUUGUUUUAACUUUUGGAGGUUACUGAUGGAAACAGAACCAGCAACUAUCUGAUUAACUGAAACCCUCUCUCUCCUUCUUCUUCUUCUUCUUCUGCUGUCUUUGCAUGUUAAAACCUCGCUGAUACCUUCAAACACUGAACCUCAAACUCAAUUGAUCCUUUUCUUCUUCUGAUUGGCUUUUUUCGGGGAGGGUUGCGUCGGACGGUUCUGAUUUUUCCUCUUUUCUUGUCUUGGAGAUCAAUCGUCUGAUUUUUCCUGCUUGGGUUCUUAUUAGAUUCUUCCAAUUCUGGGUUUUUCUUCGAUUCUGGUUUUGGGUUUCAAGUUUUUGAAUCUGGGUGUGAGUCAGGAAGACGGAGGAGGGCAUUUUUAAUGUUAAUGAAAGGAAAGAUUUAUUUCGGACUCUGAAAACUUCGAAACACAGAAGCGCCGUUAUUUCCACCAUUAUUGUGGGCAUUCAUAGGAGUAGUAGCCCCAAAUGAAGGACGUUGAGAAAAGCUUAGAUCCUCAGCUAUGGCAGGCAUGCGCCGGAGGCAUGGUCAAUAUACCUCCCGUGCACUCUAAAGUUUUUUACUUCCCUCAAGGCCACGCCGAGCACGCCCAGGCGCAUGUCGACUUUGCUGCUGCCUCGCUCAGGAUCCCGGCUUUCGUUCUCUGCCGAGUUUCCGCCGUGAAAUUCAUGGCAGACCCCGAGAGUGAUGAGGUUUUUGCUAAGAUAAGGCUGGCGCCACUGGGGAUGAGCGAGCUUAGGUCAGAGGAUGAUGAGGUUGUGGGGUCUGAUGGGUCUGAAAAUCCUGAGAAACCCACUUCUUUUGCCAAGACACUAACUCAAUCUGACGCCAACAACGGCGGGGGCUUUUCUGUUCCGAGGUACUGUGCAGAGACGAUCUUUCCAGGUUUGGAUUACUCCGCCGAUCCACCGGUUCAAACUGUGAUCGCCAAGGAUGUUCAUGGUGAGAUGUGGAAGUUUAGACACAUAUUUAGAGGGACGCCUCGUCGCCAUCUGUUGACAACAGGGUGGAGCAAUUUUGUGAACCAGAAGAAGUUGGUUGCUGGCGAUUCAAUUGUGUUCCUGAGGACUAAAACUGGAGAUAUUUGUGUUGGGAUUAGGCGAGCCAAGAGAAGCAUUGGUGGAUCAGACACCACUUCUGGAUGGAACAAUGGUUCAUCAUAUGGGGGCUUCUCGGUGUUCAUGAGGGAGGAUGAGAACAAAAUGGCUCGAAACGGCUGUGGGAAUUCUGGUCCUGGUGGCAAUUUCAGAGGGACAAGAAGAGUAAGGCCGGAAGCAGUCAUUGAAGCUGCUACUCGUGCAGCCAACGGGGAGCCAUUCGAGAUAAUUUACUACCCUCGUGUAAGCACUCCUGAGUUCUGUGUUAAGGCCUCAUCUGUGAAAGCCGCUAUGAGGAUUCAAUGGAGCUCUGGAAUGAGGUUCAAGAUGGCAUUUGAAACUGAGGACUCUUCUCGAAUAAGCUGGUUCAUGGGAACUAUAGCCUCUGUUAAAGUUGCUGACCCAAUCCGCUGGCCUCAUUCCCCUUGGCGGCUUCUCCAGGUGACAUGGGAUGAACCAGAUUUGCUUCAGAAUGUGAAGUGUGUUAGUCCAUGGUUGAUUGAAUCAGUAGCUAAUAUGCCCAUCAUCCACAUGUCAUCCUUCUCACCACCAAGAAAGAAGUUGCGAUUUCCGCAACACCCUGACUUUACUUUCGAUGGACAUUUUCCAGUGUCGUCAUUUUUAGGUAACCCCUUAGGGCCCAGCAGCCCCAUGUGUUGUCUUCCCGAUAACACUCCUGCAGGCAUACAGGGAGCCAGGCAUGCUCUAUUUGGACUAUCUUUAUCAGAUCUCCAACUUAACAACAAGCUGCAGCCAGGGCUGUUGUCUUCCAGUUUCCAGCAGUUGAAUCAGCACUCUGGAAUUUCUAGUGGACUCAAAAGAGGCUGCUCUGACAGCAACGAAAGCUUAUCUUGCUUACUCACAAUGGGAAAUUCUAGUCCGAGUGCGGAGAAAUCUGAUAGUGUAAAGAGACAUCAAUUUGUUCUCUUUGGUCAACGAAUACUCACUGAGCAGCAAAUUUCCCAGGUCAGCUCUAGUGACCCAGUCUCACAGGAGUCUGUUGGGAACAUUUCAGCAGAUGGGAAUUCGGACAAAGCAAAGUUUCUCUCCAAUGAUUCAGGAUCCACUCUUCAACAGCAUGUUUCAUCAGAAAAAUCAUCUAGCAUUGGGUUUUCAUGGCAUCAAGGUCGCCAAGCUACCGAAUUUGGUACGGAUACUGGCCACUGUAAGGUGUUUAUGGAGUCUGAGGAUGUUGGACGGACUCUAGACCUUUCUGUUCUUGGCUCCUAUGAGGAGCUGUACAGGAAGCUGGCCAACAUGUUUGAAAUAGAAAGAUCUGAGAUGCCGACCCGUGUUUUUUACCAUGAUGCUACUGGAGCUCUUAAACAAACUGGAGAUGAACCAUUCAGUGAUUUUAUGAAGACAGCGAAGAGGCUGACCAUUAUAGCAGAUUCCAGCAGCAAAAAUAUGGGAAGGACAUGGAUUACAGGAAUGCGAAAUACCGAAAAUGGACUUGGUGCAUCAAACAAGACAGGUCCUUUGAGCAUAUUCGCUUGAUACUGUGUGGGCACUUGUGACUAGUUAAGAAGACUAAACGAGUGUUUGAACAUUUCUUAGUUACUGUAAUUUGUAAGGAGGAAUAGAAUAUCGAACUCCAAUACUCCAUCUUUAUUUAUGAUUCUAAGACUGAACAAGUGUUUGAACAUUUCUUAGUUACUGUAAUUUGUAAGGAGGAAUAGUAUAUCGAACUCCAAGACUCCAUCUUUAUUUCUAAUGCUAAGAUUGAACGAGUGUUUGAACAUCUACUAGUUAUUUAUUUUGUAAGGAGGAAUAGAAUAUUGAACUCCA